UAAAAACUAGUAUAUAUAAAUGCUUUCCUAGCUCCAUAAGAUAUAAACACUACAACAAUGAAACUAUUCAUUAUCACACUUUUGGCUACUGUAGCCACAAUUCAGGCUUCGCCUUUAAAUGCGAGCUGCACUGUUACCUCCUACUCCGGAGUAGCUGCAGCUCUACAAAGCUGCACCGCGUUGAUACUGAAAGAUAUAACUGUCCCAGCUAAAACUACUCUGGCACUGAAAUUGAAAAGUGGAGCUUCUUUGACGUUCGCUGGUACUAUCCGUUUCGCUGUUGCUGCAUGGGCAGGACCUCUGAUUGAAAUUAAAGGAGCCAAGGUUACGGUUAAUGGUGCUGGAGCCACUUUGGAUGGAGACGGUCCAAAAUACUGGGAUGGAAAGGGCGACAACGGAACCGUAAAACCCAAAUUUCUCAGAAUAAAAACCACUGGUGGAUCGACUGUCAAAAACAUCAAACUUUUGAAUUGUCCCAAGCAAUGUGUCUCGAUCAACAGUGCAAGCGACACAGUCUUGGACAAUUUCAACAUUGAUGUUUCUGCAGGAGACAAAGGCGCUUUGGGUCACAACACUGACGGUUUCGACGUAUCCAGCUCUUCAGGCAUCACGGUCCAAAACAGUAUAGUCAAGAACCAAGACGAUUGCGUGGCCGUUAAUCAAGGAAGCAACUUCAUUUUCCGCAACUUGACUUGCUCUGGUGGUCACGGAUUGAGUUUGUCCGUCGGUCAAGGUUCAGCAAGCGGUUCCCCGAACACCGUUAAAAAUGUAGUGUUUUCUGACUGUACCGUAAUGAACUCAGAUAAUGGUAUCCAUGUCAAGACCCACUCAGAUGCUGGUACCGGUUCUGUGUCCGACAUCACUUACAAAAAUAUCAAAUUGUCUGGCAUCAGGAAGUAUGGCAUCAACGUACAAGAGGACUACGAAAAAGGUCAUUCCUCUGGAACACCGAAAGGCAACAUUCCAAUAAGUAGAUUAACCAUGAACUCCAUUACUGGUUCUAUGACUGGCGCUAAGGGUAUGAGUGUUUACGUACUUUGUGGAAGUGGAGGAUGCAGUACCUGGUCUUGGUCUGGUGUUUCCAUUAAAAAUGGUAGCGGAAAGAAGAACUAUUGUAACUUCCAACCCACUGGAUUUCCUUGCUAGAUGAAUAAAAAUGAUAAAAAAUAUCAUAUGAUUAUUUUAUUUACCUAAUAUUAAAUUUAUUUUAUCUUUGCAAUGCUGAGACUGAGUUGGUGUCCA